GAGAUUGCGCCGGAACGAAUGCGUCCCCUAUGCAUAGAUGAUAUGAUAUCACAAGAUCACGCAUUGGUGGACUUGGUUGAUGGUGCAUUGUUAGUAUUCGAAAGAACCGAUAAGUCAACUACAGAAAACAACGCUCAUUUGUAUUAUACCACAAAAUAUAAUGCUAUGCAGAUUGAGGCAUUGCAAAAUCCGGAGGGUUUUGGAACACCGCUCAAUGAACAAUUUGAUCCAAUUUUGGGAGAAAUAAGCCAGACAUGGACCAUGGGACAACUGAUGCAAUGGAUUGCUACUGGUAUUGGAUGUUCGGCAGAUCAUAUUCUCUUGUGGAAGGUAAGUCAAUACAACGAGAAACCAACCAACAAUCAUUUGAAUGAGCAUGAGUUACGGGUUUAUUCAGUGAAAGAUCUUCUUGGACUCUCAGGUCCACAUAGGCAUGAUCCUCGACGACAGAAACGCUAUCGUGUUUAUUAUACAAAGAUGCCCAUUUCCGUGAGCGAUCUCGAACGACGUUACAAGAUGCGAGUACAAAUGAUGGAUGAAAAAAUGCAAAUCACGGAAACUACUGUCUUUCCCGAGAAAACAGGAACAGUUCAAUCAAUUCUGGAUGAAGCGCAGAGAGAAUUUCGCUUUUCAGCCAACGGGACUAAAUUAUUGAGGCUUGUUUACGUAGGUCAGGCAUCACACUGUUUACGGGCUUACCACGUUUUCACUAAUGAUACACUUGCCAGUGAAAUUUAUACGAAGAUUGGCAAUACAUCUUACGCAAUACGGGUUGAGGAGAUACCGGAAGACGAAGUGACCAUUAAAUCUGGCGAACAUCUCUUACCUGUUGGUCAUUUCGAUAAAGAUCCAACGCGCAUGUUCGGCAUUCCGUUUUUCAUUAAAGUUACAAAUGGCGAGACACUGGAGAGUGUAAGUGAGCGAAUUAGAAAGAAGCUGGAUGUCACUGCUAAGGAAUUUGAAAAGUAUAAGUUUGCAAUAAUUGUCAAUAAUCGAGUGAGUAAAUAUUUGGACAAAGACAAUGUGGUUAAUCUCAAUGAACUUUCUCAUACGCAUAUUACAGGUUACGCUUCCGCGCCUUGGCUUGGAUUGGAUCACAUGAACAAAAGCCGCGGUACGCGUGGGUCACAUACAACUGAAAAAGCAAUCGUUAUCCAUAACUAA